AUGGCUUUGACUCUGAGAGCAGCGGCGGCGGGGCACAGUCGUGGCUUGAGACGGCUCUUCUCAACAAGUUUCAUUCCCCCAAUGAACUCUCCGGCGCCUCAGGCUCGAGAGAAGGCUGAGCCAAGCACCAACCUCUUCGUCUCUGGACUUAGCAAACGUACUACUUCAGAAAAACUGCAGGAAGCCUUUUCUCAGUUUGGUGAAGUAGUUCAUGCUAGAGUGGUAACCGAUCGGGUAUCAGGAUAUUCUAAAGGAUUUGGUUUUGUAAGGUAUACUACCUUAGAAGAUGCUGGCAAAGGCAUAGAGGGCAUGGAUGGAAAGUUUCUUGACGGUUGGGUCAUAUUUGCUGAAUACGCAAGACCCAGACAACCACCUCCACCGCCUGAGAACAAUAUGUCUCCACCAUAUAGCCGUUAUUAA